UGUACAAAGAAGACAAGGGCGGGAUUGUUCGUCAGUCAGCUGCCUCAGAACGACCGAGACUACACCCUCAUCGCGCCAUGGACGCAACGACAGCAGCAUACGUCAUGAUUGCAGCAAUGUUCCUGACCGUCUCCCAGGGAACACCUGGUUCAGAUCUCUGCCGCGAGGUGGGCAAAGUCGAUCCUCGAGGGUUUUACCCCCGGGAGUGCUACUCCAUCCUGAACGAUGAAGGCGACUGCCUGUUUGAUCGCAUCAUCCCCCAGGAGGAGUGUCUGGCUGUGUACGGGGAGGACAGGUAUCGCCUACUCAUCAACUUUCAGAACGACUUGAAUGCCUGUUAUAAUGACCCAGGGUGCACAAAGCUGCCGACGAUAGAUUGAACUGGGCUCCGUCUGAACCUUGCGCAGUGCCGAGUUUCAGCUUCGUGCCCUUACAUAGUGGGCGAGCGCUGAGGAGGAGCUUGACCGAAGACGACACUGUCAUUGGAGUUGUUAUCCAUCGUUGUUAGAACAAAUUAUUAUUGGUGAUUAUUAUCUUAUUAUGAUACACAUGAUGGACACAAUUUUUGUAUUGAAAAGGGAAGAGCGAAAUCCAUAGUCUGUCUCGAUGCCUUACCUUGGAGGAAUUAUAUUUUCUUACAGUAAAUAGUCUUUCAGUGCACGUCAAACCACGCUAUUUUCAGAAUGUGUAAUGCAAUGGUUCGGUGGAUUUUACAAAAUGUCUUAGAAUCAAUUUUAGUAAUAAACAAUUGUAUACACGUA